CAAAGGUUGGUGUCUUCGCGCACCGACCUUCGGCGGAGGGGCCGCAGCAUCAUGGCGGUGGGAGCCAGGCUCCGAAGCAAGGCGGCGAGCGGCCUCCAGCGCCGCGGGCCCCGGGGGCGAGGGCGGACGGAGGGGGACGAGGAGGUGGUCGCCAUCCUGGAGCACCUGGAGUGCGGGGACGAGGCGGCGGAGAGCGAGGCGAGCGCGCGGCGCCCGGGGGCCCGGAGCGCGCGGCGGGUGCACCUGGCCGUGCUCCCCGAGCGCUACGAGCCGCUGGAGGAGCCGGCGCCCGGCGAGAAGCCCAAGAGGAGGUACCGGCAGAAGCUGAAGAAGUACGGCAAGAAUGUGGGGAAAGUCAUCACCAAAGGCUGCCGCUACGUCGUCAUCGGCCUGCAGGGAUUCGCGGCGGCCUACUCCGCCCCAUUCGGAGUAGCCACCAGCGUGGUGGCGUUGGUCCGCUAAUGGGAGCUGCUGGGGCAGACGCCACAAGAGUGGAUGGAAGCCACUGCCCCGAGAACAGUGCAAAUCCAGGAGCAUUUCAGACUUGAACCCUCAAAAUACUCGGAAGAAAAAAAUGUCUGUGUUGAAUUGGAUGAGUGUUAUGAAUGAGCCAUCCCCACCCAUCUGGUCACGUCUCUUGGACACGGAUGGCUCCAGUGGACAAUCCCGCAGAGCUUAGAGCUGGUUUGCUGACACCGGAGCCUUCAUGUGAAGGUGGCAGCGGGCUGGCGUGGAGGCAAACACUUGACAGAUAUGAGCACUCUGGGUGGGAGGCAGAGUGGUGAUUAUGAGGGAUAAGAAAGGGUUUUGACCUGGAGUGAGAUGGUUAUAUUGUAUGUCAUAUUCUCUUGGAAAGGUCGCAGGCUGACAGCCCUCGGCUGCCUCGGUUCUGAGGGCAGGAAAGGAGCUGUUUGUGUCUGCAGUUCUGCCCCCUAUCUCCUUCCUCCACCCCUUUGUCACCAGGAGUUUAAUUACAGGCUUGAGAAGAAGGAAGGAAGAAAAAUCUCUUUGAAGGCUAUGAUGCUUUGAAAACUGUGUUGACGGUGUGUCAUGACUGUUCAAAGUAGAUAAAAGCUUGUCACUUUUGCCCUUCUCUGCCACGAACGUGCAGUUGGCCAGGAGGGAGUGAGGGAUGGCAGGUUCAGUUGCAGCUUGUAUGCGGAGUGCUCCUGAGGGCUGUCGUGUCCAGGCCAGCCACACAUCUGUGGCUGCCUAAGGUCAUGGACCUCCUGACUCAGCUGCCCAGUACCAUUAGUUCAUUCCUGACAGCUGCUUAACUCCUCUUCCACGCCAGACUGAUGAAGGGUGCUGUCUUGGGAGAGAGGGAGACGCUACACCUGGAAAUGAAAGUGUAUGGUUUAGAGCAGGAACCAGUAAGUAGGAGAAAGGUAUGAAGGAAGUAGAAGGAUGUUGGAUGAGAGAAGUGGGAGUACAGGAGCCAGGUCCAGGGUAUCAGCACUGGGAGAUCUUAGGUGGGCCCAGCCUUCGGCUCCAGGUGGGAGCCAGGGGAGGCUGGGUGACCGGAGAUGCCAUGGCUGGUGCUGAAACCCCUCUGAGGCCCAUGAGCUCACAUUGGCUGCCUUUGUGGCGUCCUUUCCUCUUCUGUGCUGCCCAGUUUGAUGUCAUCUCACCUGGAUUCAAAGUUAGGGCGGUCAUGGAUCUUGGGCCUGACACUCCCCAAGGAUGACCCGUGGACUGCUAUAGGGAGAUGAAAGAAAGAGCAGGUCCCUCUUACCAUGCCCCUCUGCUAACCCCCAUGAGAGGCCACUGUUCUGACUUUGUUUCCAGAAUAUCCAGAAGUCCAAAAUAGUUAUUGCUGAUCAGUCUGCAGGAUUGGUGACAACACCUACCCAAAAAGUUUCCCAGGCCAUGCAAAGGAGGUUUGACUUGAGGCCUCAAGCCCAACAAGGUGGCACUGAGAAGUGGAGAGGAUGGGAAGACAGGCAGAUGGACAGAAAAAGGAAUAGGUGCAGGAGAAAGCUGUAGCCAUGAAACCAGACUCAACUUCCCGUUCUGGAGGCUCAUGCUGAAGAUGAACUUGGACCCCAUUUCUGCAUCAGUAAUGUUUGUGAGGAAAAGAGAAAACAAAUGGUCUUGUUUUAGCUCAAAUGAUAAAAGUUGAUAGUGGUACAUUUUCACACAUGUAAGAUAAUUAUAGCUUGCCUGGCCGCACUGGGAGUCAAGGAGAAGAAGAGAUGUAAGUGGAAGAAGAAGCAUUUAGUAGUUAGUGGGAAAGAGAUCAGGUCUCUGUGGCCUGCUGGUCACAGGAAAGGAAGACGGGAGGAAGGAGCCAGUGGAGGGUUUGGAGGACGCCAGCCCCAGCGGCCCAGUGAUGCUGACCAGCCUCGGAGAAGCCCACCAGGUUGCCUUGGGGACAUGGAAGCGUGACCUGGAAAGGGACAAGAGGUGCUGAGGCUUGUCUAAGGAAGGCCUUCUGCAUCCCACCUCUAAAUCAGAGACACAAUAAGGCCAAGCACAUUUGGCCCUGAAAUUCUUGAAGUCUGGUUAAGAAUUAACCCAGAAAUUUCGAAAGUUGCAAUCUCGCGGGAUUGUCCUGGGAGCCAGAUUCCCAUGUACGGAAGAUGGACUUCUCCGAACUGUCGCUCAGCCUGAGUAGUCAUUUCCUCAGCGACAGGGCAUCCAUGUUGUAGAUUACCUUUCUGCCUUUUCUUUCUUUUCGAGGUUCUUUUAAAACAUAUCAGGGUCCAUACCCUACAAGAAAUUGAGUUUUAGAGCUUUCCCUUUACAUGCUGGACCAAAAGGCUUCUUUUGUAUCCUCUCUUGCCCUAUUACGUAAGUAAAACCCCCAAUUUGUUUAAUG